AUGCCCUCCCGCAACCCACCCCAACCACUACGACCACAACAACCCUCUCCACCCUCCACCAAACCCAACCUCGACCUCACAGCCACUCACCUCGAACACCUCACCCUCCGCCUCGCCCAAGCCUUCCACGCCAACACCCUCCCCUCCAGCCUCGACCUCAUCCGCUCCCUCUCCGCCCGAAACAUACAAACCCACUGUCCCGACGCCGGCGCCGACGAGUUCAUCCCGAAUUCCGAUGCGAUGCCUAUAGAGGAGUAUAUCGGGUAUUUACAGGCUUAUAGUUUGAAGUUUCCGGGGUGGGAUGUGGUUAUUCAUCCUCCGAAGGCGGAGGUUGAAGAGGGGUGUAAGAGCGCGGUGGUGUGGUUGACAUUGAUGGCGAAUUCGAGUGUAGUGGAGCGUGGGGGAGUGAAGACUGAGGGGGUUUAUAAGAUGUUUUGGCGAUGGAGGAAAGGGAGGGGGUGGGAGGAGGCGGAAGGGUGGGAGUGGUGGAGGUAUGAGCAUCUGGAUGGAGUCGCCGGUUAUAUGUUUUGA